AUGGACGACUUUCCGUCAGGACUUUCUCGGGCUUUCGUUCCCCCGUCCAGUCCUCAACUCCAUGUGAAACUUGAAGACCCAGCGGCGACGGAUGAGCCUCCUAACUCCCACGCCUCAGAGGCAAUGGUUAAUCAUAUCGAUCACUAUAUCCCAGCCGGAGUUUUGGGUAAAUCCUCGUCCACACACCGCUAUGCGGACACCGACAUAGCUCUGCUAGAAAAACACGAAUGGAUCCGCACACGCGCUCUUGAUGACAGCGACAAUGUACAGGUUUUCGUGCUACCAGACGCACGGCGGACCCAUCUGAAGUCAAACAGCAAGCUCAUAUCUGCUCUCAAACGGGUCAUGUCCAAGCUUGACAGCUUCCCCGAAGCAUGGGACGGCGUGGUCAAUGCCCAUGCUGGUCUAUUCGCCAACACUCAACCCGAUAGCGAAGAAGAAGAAUCCCUAUAUUAUAUAUACAAUACACUGCAACAACCUAAAACAAACUUGGCCUAUGUAACAGAUCCCAACUCGCGGAUGAUCAUGGAGGAAUUGCGUGAGGGUUCAGUUCGAGGUCUUGAAACGACGCUUUAUAACUUUCAGCGCGAAUCCGCUGCUGUGAUGGUUCGGCGGGAGACACAGCCGGCGCUGGCACUUGACCCAAGAUUUCAGCGCCAACGGGGUCCGACUGGGGUGGAGUUCUAUUAUGAUAAGGUGAAGGGGAGAAUUGUGAGGAAUGAGAUAUUGUAUCCCGAGGCCUGUGGAGGGAUUUUGGCAGAGUCCAUGGGAUGCGGGAAAACCGUCAUCAGUCUUGCUCUGAUAUUGGCUACGCGAGGACAUUUCCCCAAAAUCCCGGUGGAGUAUCAAACACUCAAUACCCCCAUCAGGAACAAGACUGGAACAUUGAUGAAAAUGGCUGCUUCUGUUGCUGGUCGCUUUUCCCUUCCCUGGAAAGACUUCUUUGACCGGAAGAAAGCCAAGGGAAAACAUCAUAUCAAUUGUAUAGAGGCCUGCAUGGCCGACAGUGGCUCCUACAUUAUACCGGCUCCAAACGAACGCCAAAAGCGUGAAUCAAAGUACGCCCUGUUGGCCAGGGAAAUCUGUCUCUGUUCUGGUACAUUAGUUAUUGUCCCGGAAAACUUGGUGGACCACUGGGAACAUGAGAUUGCUACUCACACUAGCGAUCUGAACGUCCUAAUUCUGCGAAAUAAAGACAAAACACCACCAACGGACGAACUUCUAAACUUCGAUAUUGUGCUGUUCUCCAAGGGCCGAUGCAACAGAGAGAAUCCAAAAAUAGGCAAGUCUGGGCAUUAUCCUAUUGUCAAUCUUCACUGGUUGAGAGUCAUUGUCGAUGAAGGGCAUGACGUUGCCGGUAAAACAACGGAAAUGGUCGACUUCCUAAAAAAGCUGCACUUUGAGCGCCGCUGGAUUAUUUCGGGAACCCCUCUCUCGGAAUUGUAUGGAGUGGAGCUGAGCAUUGCUUCACAGGAAGUGAACACAGACGAUACUGAAUCUCCACUCAACGGUCGCGCGAUCUUGCAAAAAGCCAGAAACGCGGGCGGUGCCUUCAAGCAUGAAAUAAAAGAUUUGGAUAAAUUGGGCUUGAUGGUUCAUGAUUUCCUCGAUCUCAAGCCUUGGUCCAACAAUCGUAAUAAGGAUUGGAAAUCGGAGUGGGAUACAUACACAAGAACGGUGGGUGAAGAUGGAAUUGCUCGAAAAUCUCCAUCUCUACGUGCGACCCUCCAGAGUCUUGUUGUGCGGCACCCGUAUGAGACGGUCAAAAAAGAGAUCACUCUUCCACCGCUGUAUAACAAGGUGGUCUACCUUGAGCCAACGUUUUACGACCGGCUAUAUAUCAACGUAUUCCUUUUCACGCUCUCAGUGAACGCCAUUACAUCUGAACGUGAAGGGCCUGACUAUAUGUUUGGUGAUAACAAAGACAGCAAAUCUAAACUCACUGAGUUGAUACAAAACUUACGUCUAGCUGGAUUUUGGUGGGCUGGCUCUGAUGACGUCCAGAGUACCGUCGACAUUGCUCUGGAAUAUCUAGAAGAAAACCAAGAGAAGAUGACAGUGGUGGAUUUCAACCAAUUAAGACAUGGAAUCCAGAUCGCACGAAAGGCAAUUGGUUCUCCCGGGUGGAAUGGAUUCAAAAAGAUGCAUGAGCUUGGAGUCUUUGUUCGGCAUUUCCCAGCGCAUGCUCGCAACAUGUGGGCCCUUGAUCCCUUUGAGGCCGACCACGAGCCCUUGCUCAUGGGUAUGACCCAGGCCCGCCGCGCACAACAAUUUGUGAUGAACCAUCUCCACACUCCUGAUCCCGCCGAAGGUCUCGCGGGAGAGGGUAUCAGAGUUCGUCGGGAGGUGGUCAAACACAGCCAGACAGCUACUCUUCCUCACAGCGGUGCCCCCGAGUUGGCGAAUUCCGCAGCAAACACAUCAAGCUUGAAAAGUAAAAAGAAAAAUACAAAACAGACUUUUAAGAAGAACGUCUUCCGCUCUCUCCCGGAAACUUCACCCUUGACACAAACGAAGCUGGAAGGAGUAGCAUCAGCCAAGCUUCGAUACUUGUUAGAGCAAGUGCUAAAGUUCCAGAAGAUGGAGAAAAUCAUCAUCUUCUAUGAACACGAUAACGUCGCUUCCUGGGUCGAGCAAGGCCUGGAUCUAAUAGCAGUUAACUUCCGCACCUACGCCAGUACCACGAGCAUGGGAUCCAAUCUCAAAACCGAACAUCUACAUAGUUUCCGCCAAACCGAAGAAGUCCGCGUUCUGCUGAUGAGUGUCAGAGAAGCCUCUCACGGCCUCCACAUUCCCGAAGCCUCGCGGAUGUACAUCGUCAACCCAAUUUGGGAACGCAACGUGGAGAGCCAAGCCAUCAAACGAGCCCACAGAAUCGGACAGAAAAGACCAGUCUACGUCGAAACCCUUGUUCUGGGCGAUACUCUCGAACACCGGAUGCUCAACCGCAGCAAAAACAUGACUACCGAGGAGACAAAGCACGCAGGAGAUAACCCGCUAAAAGAUAAUACCAUGAGCGAUAUCAUUAAGAACGAGCCCUUCCUGCCUAUGCCCGACGAGGCUUCGGCUGGCAUGGCUCCGCUGACACAUCCGAUUGGGCUAUUUGAUCAGCAUAAAUUGCCGAUUCCUGAUAGCGAGGUGGACCCUGUGCGCGGACCAUUGCGGCAGCGGGGACAGCUGAAGAAAAGACAGCGGUCGGGUCCGGAAUCCGAUGCCGAUUCUGAUUUGGCUGGUGUUCAGGGGCCAUCGGCCCAGCGGCGACGGAUCGGCUUUGCCAAUCAUGAUGAAGUUAUGGGUGAGAGUGCUGUGGAUGCGCGUCCUUGGCCGCAGCAGCCUCUGCCCCAGUUGAAUGUUCCUGUGUCUGGGCCUUCGCGGGCUAGCUUUGCGGAGGGUGUGGUGGUUAUUGAUGAUAGUGGUAAAGAAUCUAGCCCAUUGCAAUAUGUGCCGAUGCACUCUGUGUCGGAUUUACCUGGGGGCGGUGUUGACAGACGAGUUUCGUUGUUCGGGCCAUUCACAUGA